UUAAAAACGCUCUUUGACGUCAUCGUGGGAGUGUUCCAUCAGGAGAAAUGAACGUUCAUCAACACAAUCCUCUCAGCGCCCAUCAUGUGACAUUCCGAAACAUCAGUGGAAACUGUUGACUGAAGAGAAAAGGACAUCCCAGCUCUUGUACUUUGAAAGAGUGUUCAAAGGAAGUGGGUUUUUGGAAAUUUCCUUGGAAUACUUAGGCUUUUCCUAUGCAGUGAAAUCCCAAUAGGCCUGCUGAUGACCGGAACUCAAGCCAACCCUGAGCUGUAAGUCGGAAGAGGAGAAGCUGGACGGAGGGUAAGAUCUAUCUAUCCCUGGCUCUCUUUUUUAUUUUUUCUCUUUCUUGCCACCUGUUUCUUCUUGCUCUCUCCUUUUCCCUCGCGCUCUCUUCCUCCAUAUCUCUUCCCCCUUUCUUUGCUGUUGCUAAGUAAAAUACAGUCUUUAUAUAAAGUGCUUUCCUGGAGCUCAACUCUCAGAUGAUGUGGAUUUAGCCUUAGCCAUCUCCGCUCACGGCUCCAUGCUUGAUCUGGUCUCUGAGGUCAAGGCUCUCUACAGGGAUAUCAUGGCCCAACUCUGGGUGCCUCAGCCAGAUAAGAACCCACCAGAAGAUUCCAUUAUUCAUUUAUAUUUUGUUUCAUUAUUACUUAUCUUUUUCAUACUAUUUACUUUAAACUCAUUCGAAAUCCUCAAAGGGUAUGUUUUUUCCCCCACCCAUUUUAGUAAAGAAAUCGUUUCUGAAAUGCUGUGUGUCUUAUAUUAGACUACAAACGACUGUCUAAGUAAAUAACAAAUGAAGGCGAUGUUUGUUAACCUCUGCCUGACAAGGAAACCACAGUCAGAUUAGGCUAGUUAACCCAGGUCCUGUGACGUGCUUUCGUCCUCUAAAAGUGCGUUUGCAAUAUGACACACUGAAGUGCCACUAUCUAUGGAAACUGUACAAUAAAACCCCAGCAUUUCAGAAAUUGUUUUUGGAAAUUAUUUUGUUUAGCACGACACCGUCAUUGCUGUAGAAGUCUGCUUUCUUUAGUAUAGUUGUUUUGUAAGUGGGUUUGGACAUCACAGACGUUGUGGUUUGGGUCAUAUGGAUUUACCAUACUGAACAAAAAUAUAAACGCAAAAAUUUCAAAGAUUUUAGUUACAGUUCAUGUAAGGAAAUCAGUCAAUUUAAAUAUAUUCAUCAGACCCGAAUCUAUGGAUUUCACAUGACUGGGAAUACAGAUGAUUGCACCUCAGGAUCUCGUCAUGGUGUCUUUGUGCAUUCAAAUUGGCAUCAAUUUAAAAUGCAAUUUUGUUUGUUGUCAAUAGCUUAUACCUGCCCAUACCAUAACCCCACAGCCACCAUGGGUCAGUCUGUUCACAACGUUGACAUCAGCAAACCUGCUCUCCCGCACGAGGCCAUACAGGUGGUCUGUGGUUGUGAGGCUGGUUGGACCUACGUCAUUUGAGAGAAUUUGUCAGGAGGCGGCUUAUGGUAGAGAAAUUAACAUUACAUUCUCUGGUGACAGCUCUGCUGGACAUUCCUGCAGUCAGCAUGCCAAUUGCACGCUGCCUCAACUUGAGACAUCUGUGACAUUGUAUUGUGACAACUGCACGGUUGAGUGGGAUUUUAUUGUCCCAGCACAAGGUGCACAAGCUGCACAAGGUGCUGUAUAAUGUGUAAUGAUCAUGCUUUUUAAUCAGCUUCUUGAUAUGCCAAACCUGUCAGGUGGAUGGAUUGUCUUGGCAAAGGAGAAAUGCUCACUGACAGGGAUGUAAACUAAUUUGUGAACAAAAUUUGAGAAGCUUUUUGUGCGUAUGGAACAAUUCUGUGAUAUUUUAUUUCAGCUCAUGAAACAUGGGACCAACACUUUACAUGCUGCGUUUUUAUAUUUUUGUUCAGUGUAAUAAUAAAAAAUAUUUGAACAUACAAAUAUAUAUAAAUAAAUCGAGUCAACUAAACUCGAGCCUCAAUGUUUCAAAGCUGACACGAGUUCAACCUCUGCCUGCUGCUUUUUGUAAUCAUUGUUUUAAUUAUGGUGCUUUCUUUUGUCCCAUCCACUCACUGUUGCAUGUCAUAAUCCAUUUUAUUUCCCUUUUUGUGUUAGACGAGCAUGUCUUUGAGCCAAUCCGCAUGCACGCGCAUAGGGCCCAAGUGAGUGAGCGCCAUACUCCUUGCUUCCCGACUUUUGAAGCUGCCUCUCAAAGGGGGUGUGUUGUUGGGGCAUAGCUAGACCCCCGCACCCCCAGAGUUGACCCUGUGGCUGAGCGUCAGCCUGGCGCCCCCUGAUGGAUCAGGCUAGUAGUGAGCAGAGUCCUGAGGAGCCGGAUGCGGGAGGUCGGGCGGAGCAGGAGGUGGGCCGAAGGGCGUCUGAGUCGGAGCACGGCCUGUCCAAAAUCACCCACAAUGCACUGGAGAACAUGGGCGCGCUUGGCCACGGCCUGAAGCAGCUUUUCCAGCCGCAGCGCCGCCGCUCGUCCGUCUCCCCGCACGACGCCGCCGCCUCCUCAGGUUGCCCCGCCCUUGAGCCCCCUGACGGUGGGGGGCCAGAGGUUGGGGACGCCCACUCGGCACCCGGUCCGGACUCUGACCCCCACACUACUUCCUCCGCUCCCCCUGCAGCUCUGAGCCGCGUUCUGCAGCAAAUCCGUGGCGCGCCCCCCAUAAUGAAGCGAGGGACCAGUCUGCAGAGCCGCCGCACCAAGGCGGGGGGGACCGGGGACCCCCCCCAGAAAGGCAGCCCCCAGAUCCACCGGAGGAGUACCCAGGAGGUUAUGCUGCUGCAGGCUGGCCGCCCGCGCUCCUCCUCCACCACGGACACGCCCACCAGCCCCGCCCUGACCGACAUGCUGCUCACUUCCGGGUACCACUCCACUGAGGAGCCUGACAGGCUGGAUUGUCUGGACGGUUCCGGCCCGGCUGUAUCGCCCAACGCCCUCUCCUGCGGAGCCGACGGCUACGGGCUGGACUCGGUCGACACCACCCCCGACCCCCAGCGCACAAAACAGGCCAUUGCCCAGCUGCAGCAGAAGAUCCUCAAGCUCACCGAGCAGAUCAAGAUUGAGCAGACGGCCAGAGACGAUAACGUGGCCGAGUACCUGAAGCUGGCCAACAACGCGGACAAGCAGCAGAGUGCCCGCAUCAAACAGGUGUUUGAGAAGAAGAACCAGAAGUCGGCCCAGACCAUUCAGCAGCUGCAGAGGAAGCUGGAGCACUACCACCGCAAACUGAGAGAGGUGGAGCACAAUGGUAUCCCCCGUCAGCCCAAAGACGUGCUCCGAGACAUGCACCAAGGCCUCAAGGGCGUGGGCGCUAAGGUCACCGGUGGCCUCUCCAGCUUCUCCCACGCCACUCACUCGGCGGCCGGGGCCGUGGUGUCCAAGCCUCGCGAGAUCGCCUCCCUCAUCCGCAACAAGUUUGGCAGCGCAGACAACAUCUCUGCCCUGAAGGACUCCCUGGACGAGCCCCAGGAGGAUGGUCACGUUCUGGGGACUGGGGGGUCCAGGACCCUGGGGGGGGCCUCUAGCCCUAAGUACGGCAGCGAGGACGACUGCUCCAGUGCCACCUCCGGCUCGGCUGGGGCCAACAGCAUCACAGGGGCCCCUGGGGGCCCGCCCAGCUCUAAGGGCUUGAACACACUGGAGCACGGCCAGAGCUUGGGCUUGGACACGCUGCUCCACGAGGUCCAGGAGCUCCGGGACAGCCAAGGUCGGCUGGAUGAGUCAUUUGACAGCCUGAAAAGCCACUACCAGAGAGACUACACCAUGAUCAUGCAGGCCCUGCAGGAGGAGAGAUACAGGUGUGAGCGUUUGGAGGAGCAGCUGAAUGACUUAACAGAGCUGCACCAGAAUGAGAUCCUGAAUCUGAAGCAGGAGCUGGCCAGCAUGGAGGAGAAGAUCGCCUAUCAGUCAUACGAGAGAGCUAGAGACAUUCAGGAGUCUCUGGAGGUGUGCCAGACGCGUAUCUCCAAGAUGGAGCUGCAGCAACAACAGCAGCAGGUGGUCCAGCUAGAGGGCCUAGAGAACGCCACGGCCCGGACCCUGCUGGGCAAGCUCAUCAACGUACUGCUAGCCGUCAUGGCCGUGCUCCUGGUCUUCGUCUCCACCGUGGCCAACUGUGUGGUGCCCCUGAUGAAGACGCGCAGCCGCACCUUCUCCACGCUGCUCUUUGUCGUCCUCCUCGCCUUCCUGUGGAGGAACUGGGAGGUCAUCUCGCAGUACCUGGAUCGCUUCCUGUUGUCCCCGAGUUGACCUACAGGGGUGGGGCUCUCUCAAUGAGUGACGAAGGGAGGUGAUGGCGGGGCUCCCUGAACAAUGAGGGACAGAGGUGGGGCCUGGUGUGGGGGGACGACUAACUAACAAACCCGUACACUGCCUCUGAUGCAUGUGGUGGAGCCAGGCCAGCACAAAGGGCGGGCUUAGCGGAAAGGAGGAUGAGGAGCCAGGAGAUCUGCACACCUACUUCUCUCGCUCUCUCCAAGCAGUGCAAUUGUUUACACGUGGAAGACGUUUUCUUACUUUAGAAUUGAUUCAAGUGGUAUUGAAUUUGUUUCUUCUUGUUAUUGUAGUCAUUAAUGCAGAUGCUUGAGGGCUUUCUCUUGUGGCAGGAUUGGGAAGGUAAACAGCUGGCAUGUUGAUGAUCCACAUGGCUAGUGACUUUACCCUUUUCUCUACGUCCAAAAUCUCUCUUCCUUUUCUCUCUUUAACCCUAAAAUCUCUCCUUUGUCCCUUUUCUUACUCCCAAUAUGUUCUCUUCCAUGUUUGUCUUCCUCUGCCCGUCUUCUCAAUCACCCCAGUCUUUGCCUAUUUCACCAAACCGCUCUUCUUUCUGGGAGGAUUGAUGUGACUAGCUACAGUGCACUGCUGUGGACAAAAUCUAAUAUAUCACUGGAUCAAGCAAGUGAUGGGUUCUUGACUUGUUUCUAUUGGACGAGCUAAACGUGACGUUGGGCCUGAUUGGAUCAGGACUGAGUCGGAAUAUGCUCAGCUUGAAGCCCCGCACUCUUGGCCUGGCCUGUUGGAUGUGCCCCUGCUGAGACUAUAAACUCAUCUAUAAACUGAAUGAACAUACUUGAAGAGCUGUGAAACUGCUCAGACUUUCAGUGCUUCCGUACUGUUUCUAUUAGUGAAAUGAAAUAUAAACUUUUUAUUUUUUAAAACAAAUAAACAUGCAGUUUUAAAGAUGAA